AUGGAGUUGUUCAAAUCCACCUUCGACAAGCUCGGCCUACAAGAAAAAGAGCUCAAAGCAUACCCAAAUAGCCUAUUUGGGCUCGAAGACGCCCUAAUCCAAGCCCUAGGUUACAUCCCACUACACACAACCUUUGGAAAGGGAACCCGCUCUAGAACACUGAGCAUCGACUACAUUGUGAUCGAUGUGAGCUCUGCAUACAAUGCCCUCAUAGAUAUUGAACUCAGUAGAGCCCAGGCUCUAGAAGAAUUCCGUCCGCAACCAGGAGGCGAAACAGAGGAAGUCCAAGUUGGAGGCACUGAAGAUAAAACAACAAACAUAGGCGCAAACUUAAAAGGAGAACUAAAGGAGCUACUGAUACAGUUCCUAAAGGAUAAUUCUGACCUCUUCGCAUGGAAGGCCGCGGACAUGCCCGGCAUUGAUCUUGGACUAAAGUGCCAUAAACUGGCAGUGUACCCUGGAUCUCGGCUAGUACAACAGAAACGUAAGAAGCUCGGCCUAGAGAUAUUGCAAGCCGUAGAGGAACAGGUACAUGCCUUGUUGGAGGCAAGGUUCAUGAGGGAGAUAAAGUACCCAUUAUGGCUAGCCAAUGCCGUACUGGUCAAAAAGCCAAAUGGAAAGUGGCGGAUGUGCACUGAUUACACCAACCUCAACAAAGCCUACCCAAAAGAUCCCUACCCACUCCCAAAUAUAGACACACUAGUCGACGCCUCAUCGGGAUACAAGUACCUUUCCUUCAUGGACGCUUACUCGGGGUACAACCAAAUCCCGAUGUAUUAA